ACCAAACAAAACCCCCGCCAACUUCGGACUUUGUCAUAAACCAUAUAUUUUCAAACAAACCUUUUUUCUCAGAAGUACAAAAAACACUGAAAAAUUACUUGUAUUAGUAUGCACAAAAAAGGUUGAAUUUUCUCAUUUUUUUUGUGCUGAUUUUUCGAAGAAUCUUCCAAGAGAAAAAAAGGGCAUUCAAACACGUACCCUACAAAAAUGUCACGUUCAAAAUCAAGAUCUGGUCCCAAUGAUUUAGCACAAAGGAGCCAUUCUUCAAGAUUUUCUAGAGCAAUUUCUGCAUCAAGGCUUUGUAGAGGUGAUGUUUUGGGCUGUCAAAUUGAUUCAAACGCCUUGGUUACUCUUGAAAGAAAACCCUCCAAGGUUGACAAUUUAUUUGAGAAUCAAGUGAAUAACAGAGUUUUGCUUAUGAAAGAGCAGAUGGGACAUGUUGAGGAGGAGUUAAGGGAGACAAAAGAGCAAUUAGAUUUUGUUGAAGGUGAAAAAAAUAGAGCCAUUCUUGAACUUAGAGAAAUGAAAAAGUUGGUUAAUGAUGCUAAUAUGAAGUUAAAUGAAGGAUUAUCACCUAAAAAGGCAGGGGAACUAAUUGCAGAACUUAAGGUUUUGAAGGAAUUUCAGUCUAAAACACAAGAAGAAAUGAAGAUUAAAGAUAAGAAUAUCGAGUCGUUGAAGUUGGAGCUCGAAAAGGCGAAGAAAUAUGAGGUCAAGUUAGCGGAAAAAGACGCUAUGUUAGGAGGAUUGAGAGAGGAGAUGAAUCAUGUGAAAGCAUCUGAAGUUAAAGCAACAGAACAAUUGUCUGUUUUUAAGAAGAAAGUUCAAGAAUUGGAAGUUGAAUUGGAGAAUCGGAAGUUGUCAGAGUCGAAGAUAUUUGAUUCGUUUGAGUCACAGACGAAGCAGUUUGAACGAGCUAAGAUCGAACUUGAAGAAGCCAAGGUCGAGAUGGCUUCACUUCACGAGAAAGUUGAGUCGAUAGAGGCUGCUUCAUCAAAGAGAAAUAGCGGACGUUUUAACGGUUAUAGCAAUGGGGAGAUUGCCAAUUCUGUGAGGAAGGAACUUGAAAGCCUUAACUCUGAAGUUGCAUUGGCAAAGGAGGACGUGGCUAAUGCACAAGAGCGAGAAAAAAUUGCCCUGUCUAAGGCUAAGAAUUUGAACGACGAGAUAAACUUGCUUAAAAAUGAACUUAAGUUGGCUAGUGAGGCGGAAGAAAAAAGCAGAAAGGCAAUGGACGAUUUAGCGUUAGCUUUAAAGGAAGUUGCUACUGAAGCCUCCGAGGCCAAGGAGAAACUUAGUGCUACUCAAUUAGAGUUAGAACAAGUGAAAGAGGAGGCGGGAAAAUUGAAAGAGAUGAUUAGAAACACCGAGGCUAGGUAUCAAAAGCUCUUGGAUGAGGCGAAAAAAGAAGCGGACCUAUACAGAAACACAACAGAGAGAUUGAGAUUAGAGACCGAGGAGUCACUUUUGGCGUGGAACGGAAAAGAGAUGGGAUUCAUCACUUGCAUAAAAAGAGCUGAAGAAGAAAGAACUCUAGCUCAACGCGAGACAGAAAGGCUUGCCGAGUCUCUUAAAGCAGCCGAGGAUACAAGUAGAGCAGCCAAGGAGGAAAAAUAUAAAUUGAGGGACAUAUUGAAACAGGCUAUUAAUGAAGCUAAUGCAGCAAAAGCUGCAGCUGGCCUAGCUAGAGAUGAAAAUUCUCAACUCAAAGAUCGCCUAGCCGAGAAGGAAGAAGCCGUGCAUUUUCUCACUAAAGAAAACGAACGCCUCAGGAUCAAGGGGCCCACAUCUCACAACAAUGUCAAGGUGCCUAGCGAAAUGUUCGAGGAACGUGAAGAGGAUCAUAAAGUCGAGAAAACUUUUAGUGUUGAUCUUAGAGAGCUGAAACUUGAAAAAGUCGAGGAUCUGGAAAAGGAUGAGGCACUUAAGGGGUCAAUAUUUGAUCCAACCUCGGUCACACCAAAGUCUGAGCCUCGUACACCACAUUCCCUAGCUCAUCGUAGAAACGUGUCUUCACCCGCCUUAGCAGAUGAAGCAGUUAAACCGAAUGCAAAUCCGGAUUAUAACCAUUUCGACGAUUCAGAUAGCGAUAGGAAUCCUAGUAGUAGAAGAAGAGCAUUGUUUCGAAAAGUUGGUGACCUCAUAAUGAGGAAAAGUUUCCAUGUUUAAGAGAGAACCAUCUCCUGAAUAGGAACCUUUUGUAAUAUAAAUACAGCUUGAACGGUACAGUUAUUGAACAAUCCUACUUUGCUAUACAAAUGUGUUUUCAUUUAUAUAAGAAAUUGCAUACUGAGAAA